AUGACUGACCGAAGGCAAUCGGUGGCGCCCAGCACCACAUUCCGAUGGCGUUCCCGAUCCAUGGCGAGUGAUGACCAGGAGAAUGUGGAGAGAGACCAGAGAAUGUUUCCCAGUGCUUUUCGCACAGCCAGUGUUGCUACCAGCCACCUACGUCGGAUGACCAAGAUGUUUAGCAUUGAUAAGACUCGGGAAGUGAUUCGCACUGCCCUGGAGGACAGUGAUCAUGCGGAAUACGUAAGACUGGCCUGUGAGCAUGAGGAGCUCACAAAGGAGGUGAAACAGUUAAGGGGAUUUGUGAUGGAGCUUUGUGAACGCUAUGAGGCUGCAAGAGCAAUUGAUCCAUUGCGACGGUACAAGCGAAUGCAAUCGAUGGCAAAGACGAUUGUGCUACAACUAAGAGUAAAUGAUCCCUCAGCUGCAUCGUCUGGGGGCUACAGCGCUGUCAACGACAGUGGGUAUGAUACCUUUGAUCCGAGUGCGGUUGGCGCUAGUGCUCUUAUCGUAGGAGAUGUCCUUCAAUCCUCUGUAAAGCAAAAAGAGAUGAGGCUAAAACAUGAGAAAAUGGCUCGUGGUACGUAUUGA